CGGACCAGAGCCGUGUAGUGUAGCAACAGACAACCGCUGUAAUCUGCAUCAGCGAUGGGAACUUUACACAAUUUUGAUCAGGUGUUGAACCCCUGAUUUAUCGGCGAUGGCAGGAAAGAAUCGAUUCUCUGCCUCUGACAGGUUCGAGUAUCUGCAGGGGCUGGUUACAGAGUUUCAGGACACCGACAGUGAGGAGGCUAAAGAGCAAGUGCUGGCAAACUUGGCCAACUUUGCCUACGAUCCAUCCAACAUGGAAGCCCUACAAAUUCUCCAGGUCACAGAGCUCUUCAUGGACAUGCUGACAGAAGAAAAUGAGAACUUUAUAGAGUUUGGAAUUGGUGGCUUGUGUAACAUGAGUAUGGACCGGGAGUGUCGGGAUCAGAUCCUACAAAGCGGUGGUGUUCCGUUAGUGAUAGCCUGCUUGUCAAGUAACCGAGACGAGACGGUUCUUUCUGCCAUCACGACAUUAAUGAACCUCACCACGGCCUCUUCGCGUUCUGAGACCACAGACAGCUCGGUGGUGCAUUGCAUGCUGCGUUUCUCUCUCACACAGAACCCACGUCUCAAGAACAUGGCUUCAGUUUUCCUGCAGGACUACUGCACUCAAGAACAAGUACACAAAGCCCAGGAGGCAAUGCAGGGACAGAGCCAAUCAGCUGUGGGCAUUCCACUUCCAAAAGACUGAAUA